AAGUUGAACCGCCAAAAAGCGACAAACAAAUUUGAUAAGAAUAUUUAAAUUGCCUUAAAAUGGAUAAAAAGUUUGGAAUAAAGCGCGAGAUGCGCUCGUUUCUGAUGCCCAGAGAUCCCAGCGUUGAUCGUCGAUUUCGACCGUGUCCCGAAAAGCAACUGCGGCUAUUCGACGAGGCAAUCUCCGAAACCAGCGACAACUCCACCGACAGUUCAGACACGGAAUCCGAUUAUACGAAAAAUACGGAAGAGGAGGGCAGUUCAAUAGAUCCCGGUGAGCUGGAGACAGGACCACAGGUGUUUCUACGUUUGCGACCUGUAGAUAUACCAUCCAAGCUAUAUGUGAUCUCUGACUGUGGCAAUGUGCUCAUCACCAGCGCCGCGAAUGAGAACAGCGCCAACAACGUUAGUCGCAUGGAGAAGCACUACAGCUUUACUAGCAUCUUCGACAGCCAAGUGGGUCAGCGGGAUGUGUACGACAAGUGUGUCGGUCCACGGAUUACGGAAGAGGAGUGCGUUACAAUAAUGGCAUACGGCACCUCAGGUUCCGGCAAAACCUACACGCUGCUGGGUGACAACGUGAGAGCUGGAGUUGUGCCACGCGCCUUGGAAAACAUCUUCACACUGUACGAUAGAAGUGUAUAUACAACUCCCAAGUUGAAGCUGAUUAAUGCACGCGUUUUAAUACUGGAAGAUGAUGUAAUGCUUCAGGAGAUGCAGAUGCGUCGCCAAAUGCUGGCAUUAUGUCCAGAUAUCACCAGUCAACACAAGCGCCUGCAGCAAGUCAUCAGCGGUGAUCAUGAGUUCAUGGAGAAACCCAUGGAUGGUGUGUCCGUCAUGAUAUGGGUCUCGUUUGUUGAGAUAUACAAUGAACUCGUCUAUGAUUUGUUGACCAUGGCACCACGGCAGGCAACUGUGGGCGUGCCGCCACGGAAAAACCUGAAGAUCGUUUGCAAUAAGGGUCAGGUGUUUAUCAAGGGUUUGACCAGCAUAUUUGUAAAGAGCAGCGAGGAGGCAUUGAAACUGUUGCGACUGGGACAGCAACGACUGACGUACGCAUCAACUGCUGUCAAUGCGAACUCAAGUCGAUCCCACUGCAUCUUCACUGUGGACGUGUUGAAAUAUCAUCGCUCGGGCGUCACCACACAGAACUCGUACAAAUUUUGUGAUCUAGCCGGAUCGGAGCGUGUGGAUAAAACGGGCACGAUUGGAUCACGUUUGAGGGAGGCGCAGAGCAUCAACACCUCCCUAAUGGUGUUGGGUCGUUGCCUCGAUGCGGCAAGCUCCACAAAAAAGAAGGGCACUGCCGAUGUGAUACCCUAUCGAGACUCAAAGCUCACCAUGCUGCUGCAAGCAGCGCUACUGGGCAAGGAGCGCUUGGCGAUGAUUGUGACAGUGACGCCGCUGGAUAAAUACUAUGAGGAAAAUCUGAAUGUGCUCAACUUUGCCUCCAUCGCGAAGAAUAUAUUAUUUAAGCAGCCGCUUGUCAAGCAGCACCAUGCACGCUACUCGGCAUUCGUGGACUACACACAGUCCUCGGUGGCACAAGAUAAGGAAUACAUUGAAGAACUCGAAGCACAGAAUAUUAGCCUGCGUGCAGAGGUCGAUCAGUUGAAGUAUGAUCAUGUGCUGAAGAUGCAACUGCAGGAGGAGCGAUUGCGCAAGGAGAUCACAGACAUGUUCCAAGAGACUAUAGAAACAAAUUUGAAGAAAUCCGAUGAGCGUCACGAGAAAAAGAUUCAAAUGCUAAAUCGCGAGUUUGAGGCGAAGUUGGCAUCGCUCAAGCGUAAAUAUGAGGAGCAGAUUGAGGACUUGGAGGAUGAAAUCGAAGAGCUGAAAGCACCCAAUAGCGAUAUCGAGAUAAUCGAAGAUGAUUAAUUAAUGUUCGUUCACGUUGUCCUAAUGUUAUUGUCUUAUUAUUAAAUAUUAAACAUUUGUCUCAAUUUUAAA